AUGACGGCUCCUCACUCCGCGGCCUUCCAACAGGCCAUAGACUCCACUGACCCUCAUCUCACGGACCCCUCCCUCCUCAAGGAUCACUCCGACUUCAAGUCUUACAGCACCAGCCGCUUCGAAUAUUCCGGGAUCCGAGUCUUCUACCGGCAGCAUGCUAAAGCUGAGCAACUUCCCAAGAACCCCGCGCCGCUGCCACUGCUCGUUUUCCUCCAUGGACUUGGAGGAUCUGUCGCUCAAUUUCACCCGCUGUUGAGCAGUCUUGUUGACCUGGCCCCCUGCUUGGCAAUCGACUACCCCGGAUGCGGACGGUCCGACUUCUCGGUCACCAGUUGGGAAGCUUACACGACAGAGGCCCUGGUAGAGCUCCUAGAGAUCAUCAUCGAGGAUUACCGCGACAAGGAUGCAGGUCAACGUGUCGUUCUGAUCGGUCAUAGUAUGGGAACGGCGCUUUCUGCCCAAUUGGCUAACACGAAGCUGGCCCAUGCAACCUCUCUGUCGCAGUAUGUGGUAGGAUUGGUGGCUAUCUGCCCAGUGUCCAGCCCACCCAAUGAGUCAACAACUACAUGGGCCAGGAGGGCGCUGCGGAUUCCAGGCUGGCUCUUCGAUCUGUGGAGAGCUUGGGACGGCUGGGGUGGUCCGGAGAGCCCAAGUGUCAAGCGUUUCGUUGGAGAAGGUGCUGAUGAAGCGACUCGGAUUCUCCAGUACCGCUUCAACAAGCAGAGCCGGACCCCAGUCUGGAGACGAAUGGCGAAUGGUGCCCUGCCAGUUUACAAAGAUGGUCAACCGAUAGGCGGCAUUCCUACUCUGGAUACCUGGGCGGACCUGGAUAUUCCUGUUUACCUGAUCGGAGGGGAGAAUGACAACAUCGUCUCUCCCAAGGAGGUUGACAAGAUUGCCAAAGUCCUGGACCCUGAGAAAGAAAACUCAAAGCCUGACGACGGCGAAGAGACGGACCACACGAUUGUUGAUGCUGCUGCUCCUGUCAACACCUCAGUACGACCACGAGAUCACAUCCCCCAAGCUAUUGAAGAUCUUCGGGAUGAGGAUUUCCAACCGAAUCAUCCCAAGAAAGUGGUUAGAUCCAUUGUGAUGCCACCUCCUGCAACACACGCCGUUCUAUAUACCCCCUGUUCAGUUCGUGCCGUUGCAGGAUUAAUAUCCGACUUCCUCGCUACGCAUAUCACAAACAGACUAUCCCUUGCUUGGCAGCUGCAGUAUCUUUCCCGUGAAGGGAAGUGGGAUGUCAAGAAUCUCGCCAAGUGGAAGUCAGUCAACCCCGUCUCUGAGCCGAUUGGUCCCGUCGACAACCCUGUCUUCCGCGCCCUCAAGACGCUUCGCGAAGCCGACGACGUCCACUGCCCACCCAACUUUGUCGACAAGUGGGGUGACAUUGUUAAAGAUGUUAUCGACAUCUCCAAGGACCAGCCCGUCUAUGACCCACGCGGAUUGGACCGGGCUGGCGUUCAUUACCACAAGUUUCCUACCGUGUCCAAGAUCCCCCCACAGGCUCAUGAGAUCGAGGCCUUUAUUAAACUUGUCGAUGGGCUCCGCGAGAAGCAGGCAGAGCGUGCUGUCGCCGAAAACUGGCCUAACCCAGAAAAGUGCGUCGUUGGAGUUCACUGUCAUUACGGCUUCAACCGCACAGGAUACUUUAUUGUGUGCUACCUUGUUGAGCGGUGCGGCUAUGGCGUCCGAGAGGCUAUUGACGCGUUCGCCAGGGCCCGACCUAAUGGGAUCCGUCAUUCUCACUUCUUGGACAGGCUAUAUGUGCGAUACAAUGUGGAUGCUAUCCCUCAUACUGAGACUUGA